AUGUCCAAUACUGUAGUUGUCGUUGGCGCUGGUGUGAUUGGCCUCACCUCCGCGCUAUUGCUGGCCAAGGAGGACAACAGCGUAACCGUGGUCGGCAAGUAUAUGCCCGGCGACUAUGAUGCUGAGUAUGCCUCGCCUUGGGCCGGGGCUAAUGUCAUACCGCUAUCACCUGAGGAACGGAGUCGCUGGGAACGACGAACCUGGGUGGCACUCAAGAAGUUAACUGAGGAGAACCCUGAGGCAGGUAUUCAUUUUCAGACAACACACAUCCUUCGCCGAGACAUAGACAUGGCGCGUGACGCAUCUGGCUUCUCGAACCAUUUCUACCAGCAGAACCCAUGGUACAAGUCUAUCUUCAACAACUUCCGAGAUAACAAUUCUUCUGAAUUAGCGCCCGGCUAUGACUCUGGAUUUCAGUAUCAGGGGGUCUGUAUAAACACAGCCAUCUACCUCCCCUGGCUUCUUGGCCAAUGUCUAAAGCAUGGCGUCGUGGUCAAGCGCGGUAACCUCAGAAACAUUAAUGAGGCAAAGAUACUCAGCCACACGGGCAGGACAGCCAACAUCAUUGUAAAUGCAACCGGUCUUGGGUCUUUGAGACUUGGGGGUGUUGAAGAUUCGACGAUGGCUCCAUCCCGCGGUCAAAUCGUUGUUGUGCGGAACGAGACGCCAAAGAACUUCCCGCUAUUGAUGUGUUCAAGCCCUUUGGAUGGUAGUGGCGAGGAAAUUUACGCAAUGCAGAGAGCAGCUGGCGGCGGUACCAUUCUGGGCGGCACAUACGACAUUGGCAACUGGAACUCACAGCCCGACCCGAACACGGCACUCCGCAUCAUGCAACGCAUCGUGGAUCUGUGCCCAGAGAUUGCCGGCGGAAAAGGUAUCGCAGGGUUAGACGUUGUCCGGCAUGGCGUUGGCUUCCGCCCGUGGAGAAAGGGGGGCUUGCGGCUUGAAGAAGAGAAAUUGGAUAACCAAACCUGGAUUAUUCACAACUAUGGCCAUUCAGGUUGGGGUUACAUGGGGUCAUACGGCUGUGCAGAGGGUGUUGUAGAGAUGGUUAACAAGUUGGAUUAA